UAGAUUUCAGAUACUAAUACCAUAUUUGGAGUAAUAGUGUAUAUUUUUGGGAAACGGAUUCCGAUAAACUUUAUUAAAUAUUUUGGCCGAUAAAGGUACUCACCGGUUCCGCGGUCGCCAUCUUAUGAUACUUCGCGUAAACGUUGACAUUCAUUGGACUGACUUGGGGUGUAAUCAUUAGUCCAAACAGUUUCGUUUUGCAACGAACGCGAUAGUUUAUUUUGAAUAAAUUCAGGUAGUUCCCUCCCGGGUUCGUUCCGUUAGGGUUCUAUUGGGUUCCUAGUGAAUCUACCCCUGUUCCUCUUUGGGCAUAGGUAAAAAAGUUUAUUGAAGCAGCGCUCGCGAGGUUCUCUCCAGCUGACAGAUCGUCCAGUCCACUCCCCAGUCUCCACCCCUCCAGACUGCAGGCAUGGCGGCUAUCGAGGCUCGGGAAUGCGAAACUGAAGGCUGUAGUAGCAAGGCCAAACUUCAAUGUCCAACCUGCAUCAAGCUCGGGAUCCAAGGCUCAUACUUCUGCUCUCAGGAGUGCUUCAAAGGGAGCUGGGCCACUCACAAGCAGCUGCACAAAAAAGCAAAGGAGGAUAACCAGGAUGAGGCAAAGAACUGCGUGGAGACCGACACCAACACAGACCCAUGGCCUGGCUACCGCUACACGGGCAGACUACGCCCUCACUACCCACUUACUCCGAUGAGGACUGUCCCCAGUGACAUCCAAAGACCUGACUAUGCUGAUCAUCCACUAGCAGCAGAAGUGGGUCUUAUGGCAGGCAUGUCUGAGUCGGAGCAGUCUUUGAAGGGCACUUCACAGAUCAAGAUCCUUCCUGCCGAAGACAUUGAAGGCAUGAGAGUUGUGUCUACGCUGGCCCGAGAGGUGCUUGACAUUGCCGCCCUGAUGGUGAAACCUGGCAUGACCACGGAAGAGAUUGACCACACUGUGCACCUGGCCUGCACAGCCAGAAACUGUUACCCCUCCCCUCUCAACUACUACAACUUUCCCAAGUCCUGCUGCACGUCAGUCAAUGAGGUCAUCUGCCACGGCAUCCCAGACAGGAGGCGUCUGGUGGAUGGGGAUAUCCUCAACGUGGAUAUUACUGUGUACCACAAUGGAUUCCACGGAGAUCUCAACGAGACCUUCUUUGUCGGAGAGGCAGAUGAAGGGGCGAAAAAGCUUGUCCAGACCACCUUCGAAUGCCUUAUGCAAGCCAUCGACUCAGUAAAGCCUGGUAUCCGCUACAGGGAGCUUGGUAACAUCAUCCAGAAACAUGCCCAGGCUAACGGCUUCUCUGUGGUGCGGAGCUACUGUGGCCAUGGCAUCCACAAACUGUUCCACACUGCUCCUAACGUGCCCCACUAUGCCAAAAACAAAGCGGUCGGGGUGAUGAAACCUGGCCAUGUAUUCACCAUCGAGCCCAUGAUCUGUGAAGGUGGUUGGCAGGACGAGACGUGGCCUGAUGGCUGGACAGCUGUGACUCGGGAUGGGAAGCGUUCCGCCCAGUUUGAGCACACCUUGCUUGUGACUGAGACGGGCUGUGACAUUCUGACACGCCGGCUGGACGACAACGGACGUCCCCACUUCCUCAACCAAAUCUAAAUGGGGGGAGGGAUACAGCAACGAAAUGACUGUCUCGUGGGCAGCUCACUUUGAUCCCCAAUGUCAUAUCACACAUACACGCCUCUAACCUGAGGCACGCCGCCCGCCUGCCCCCACCCCUCCGGAGGCUGUCCCUGCCGCGGCCUGGCUCUCACCGUUCCACAAAUUUAGUGUUGUUCUCCAAGAUUUACGGGAAGUACUUGAAUACAUCUGAUAUCAACUGUGUGGAUUGUUUUAAUGAGGCUGUUUUAAAAAAUAAAUGUCUCAUCAGGAGAUGAAAAUUAAAAAUAAAGAAGUGUAUUUAUGCGCAGUAGCAGGUUUAAUUUUUACCUUGAUUGUGAGCUUUGAUUCUGUUGACAUAUUUGACUGCAGAGGUGUGGAAAGGGUCAUGCUUCAGUUUGACUCCUUGACCUCUAGACAUGUGCCACCUUACUGUGUUGCUAAUUGACAGCAAGGCAGCUGGGUCCUAUUGACUGGCCAGAGAGGGGAGCUGUUGAGCUCAGUGUUCUGCUAAAGUGUGUAGUGCAGGUCUAUUCAAACCUGGGUCCUGAGGUCUGCAGCACUACUAGUUUUCUUUUCUCUCUUGUAGUUAACUAGUUGAUUUAGGUUCAUUGAUUGACCAGAAUCUCCUUGCCAGGUCUGGUUUGAAUCGAAAGGAAAGCCUGCAGUGUGGUGGACCCCAAGGCCUGGACUGGAAUUGCCCUGGUGUAGUGCGUUGAGCCUUAAUCUGUGUGAAUUAAGAAUAACCAUGCCAGAUAAUGUCUAGGCAGCAUGUCCGUUAUUCCUCAAUCCAGUCGAUCAAUAUUUACCUUGAUAUACUGUUGAGCAACACUCUUGAGUCUCCAUUUUAAUCCAAUCUUUCCAGUUUCUCUGCCAGCUUUUUAUUUCUUCUAUGAUGGGAGUAAUAAACAGCUGUUCUGUAGUUGUGUGUUUGUGUGCGUAUAUGCUUUUGUGUUAGAGUGUGGUGAGGACUGUAUAAAUGCCAAAGGCUCUAUUGCAGCAGAAGUCUGGGUUUACUACAGACCUGUGAAUUAAUACCCUUUUUCAGAGUACUGUAUUAUUAAAAUAGUAAUAACAUAA